AAUUGUGUUUCUUUUUGAUCGAUAACUUCAGAUGUAAAAGUGAUGGCGGUGAGCAAAAGCGCAAACACGUAUAAUCGACUGAAUUGGGAAGAGGCUGACUUCCCCAUUCUCUGCCAAACAUGCCUCGGUGAUAACCCCUAUGUUCGUAUGACCAAGGAGAAGUUUGGGCGGGAGUGUAAGAUAUGUCAGCGUCCCUUCACCAUAUUCCGCUGGUGUCCUGGGGCUCGGAUGAGGUUCAAGAAGACGGAGGUCUGCCAAACUUGUAGCAAACUGAAGAACGUCUGCCAGACUUGCCUGCUAGAUCUUGAGUAUGGUUUACCAAUCCAAGUACGUGAUGCUGCCCUCAAUGUCAAAGAUGAAAUGCCCAAAUCUGAUGUCAACAAGGAGUACUACUCCCAGAACAUGGAGCGAGAGCUGGCCAAUGCUGAAGGUAACCAAGCCCUAGGUGCUGUAGGGAAGGCCCAGGCCCCUAGCGAUCUUCUACUCAAGCUGGCUAGGACCACACCAUACUACAAAAGGAACAGACCUCAUAUAUGCUCCUUCUGGGUCAAGGGGGAGUGUAAGAGAGGAGAAGAGUGUCCGUACCGGCAUGAGAAGCCAACAGACCCAGACGAUCCCUUGGCUGAUCAGAACAUCAAGGAUCGUUUCUACGGAGUGGACGAUCCCGUAGCCGACAAGCUGAUGAGACGAGCGGCGGCCAUGCCUAAGCUAGAGGCUCCUGAGGAUAGGAUGAUCACAACGCUCUACGUCGGUGGCCUGGGGGACAAAGUCACAGAGGAAGACCUCAAGGGUCACUUUUAUCAAUUUGGUGAGCUGAGGAGCAUCAACGUGGUUCCCAAGCAGCAGUGUGCUUUCGUCACCUUCACAAACAGGCAAGGAGCCGAAGGAGCUGCAGAGAACUCCUUCCAGAAGCUGAUCAUCAAAGGUCGAAGGUUAAACAUCAAAUGGGGGAAGCCCCAAGCCCAGCUGGGGUCAGGGAAGAAGGAGGACGACAGCGAGAAGGAGCUCAACUAUGAACCUGUACCGGGUCUGCCUGGAGUAUUACCACAUCCACCACAAAUGAACCAAGACCAAGGCAACGCACCAUUCCCUCCCCCCAUGCUACCUCCCCCUCCCAUGAACAACCCGCCCCACCCCCACCACGCUCAGUUCAGACCCCCUCCAGGCUACGGCAUGGGUAUGCCCCCACCCCCUCGGUUACCCCCUCCUCCCCACCACAUGCACCCAGGCAACAGGGGAAGGUUCCCCCCUCCCCCUCCAGGUGGACCACCCCCGAGGAUGCCCCGGUAUCCUCCGCCCCCUCCCUUCGGGGGCAGGAGAGAUGGCCCAAUGCCGCCCCACAUGCGACACAGAAUGCCCCUUCCCCCUCCCCCGAACAUGCCUCCACCCCCCAGGUCACAGCAGGGUAGCGGGAAGCCUCCAGCGGUACAUUACCCCUCCCAGGAUCCACAGAGGAUGGGGACAGGGGUAGAGGAAUCAUCUUCUAAAUCUUAGUAUUCUGUCUAAGUCUAACACCGUAAGGGUUUUUGAAGGGGUAGUCCACCCAGAAUCAAGUUGGUGUUCAUAAGAGCAGGAAAUGAAAGGUUGAUGAAAAUCCAAGUAAAGUAUAAUACAAUGAAGAUGUUUUAAAUCUCUGAUGGAUUAACAA